CCAGCUCCCCGCCCCCUCCCCUAGGCUGGCCCGAGCCUGGAGGGGGACAGGAAGGUCCUGGACUGGGGCACCUCGGGUGUUGGGGGCCAGCGAAGCCGCGGGCCACUGACCCGCCCCCCGCCAUGUGACGCCCCUCUGGUCGCAGCGACCCCCCGUGUGGCCCGGGCCCCCCGGCUCACCAUGCGCCUGCCGAGCCCCGCGCGCCCGCUGCCACCCGCGCCUCAGCCCGCGCCGCAGCCGCCGGGGCAGUUUCUGCGCCUCUUCUACUGCACCGUCCUGGUCUGCUCCAAGGAGAUCGCGGCGCUCACCGACUUCUCCGGUUACAUAACCAAACUCCUGCAGAACCACACCGCGUACGCCUGUGACGGCGACCACUUGAACCUCCAGUGCCCUCGGCAUUCUACGAUAAGUGUCCAAUCGGCAUUUUAUGGGCAAGAUUACCAAAUGUGUAGUACCCAGAAGCCUGCCUCCCAAAGGGAAGACGGCUUAACCUGCGUGGCACCCACUACAUUGCAGAAGGUGCUGGACGAAUGCCAGAACCAGCGGGCCUGCCACCUCCUGGUCAAUAGCCGAGUUUUUGGACCUGACCUUUGUCCAGGAAGCAGUAAAUACCUCCUGGUCUCCUUUAAAUGCCAACCUAAUGAGCUGAAAAAUAAAACUGUGUGUGAAGACCAGACCCUGAAGCUGCACUGCCACGAGUCCAAGUUCCUCAACAUCUACUCGGCCACCUACGGCCGCAGGAGCCAAGAGCGCCACCUCUGCGCCCCUGAGGCCAAGUGGCUGCCCCCCUUCGACUGCUUGUCGUACUCGGCUCUGCAAGUCUUAUCCCGGAGGUGCUAUGGGAAGCAGCGAUGCAAAAUCAUCGUCAACAACCACCAUUUCGGGAGCCCCUGCCUGCCAGGAGUGAAGAAGUACCUCACGGUCAACUAUGCGUGUGUGCCCAAGAGCAUCCUCACAGCGAUCGACCCAGCCAUUGCUAAUCUAAAACCUUCUUUGAAGCAGAAAGAUGGUGAAUAUGGAAUAAACUCAGACCCAAGUGGAACGAGGGUGCUGAGGAAGGACGGUGCCCUGGUGAGCAGCUCGCUGGCGGCCUUUGCUUACGUUAGAGCCCAUCCAGAGAGAGCGGCCCUGCUAUUCGUGUCCAGCAUGUGCAUCGGCCUGGUGCUCACGCUGUGCGCCUUGGUCAUGCGUGUGUCCUGCGCCCGGGACUUCCGAGAGCUGCAGCUGGCCCGGGAGCGCCUGGUCGCGGGAAGUGACCGGGUGGAGGAGGACAGUGAGGACGACGACGAGGAGGAGGGGGAGGAGCACUCCUCGGCCUCGGAUACUCAGGGGCAGCUGUCGGGCUUCAGCAGGACUUCCUACCCCGGCUACACAUCCAUCGAGGCUGCGGAGCUGGCGGAAAGGAUUGAGCGCCGGGAACAGAUCAUCCAGGAGAUCUGGAUGAACAGCGGCUUGGACACGUCGCUUCCGAGGAACAUGGGGCAGUUUUACUGAAAACCUCCCACCCUCGGAAGAUUGGGGGGGGGGGGCUCCACCACGACCCCCCGCCCAACCUUGCUUCACUUGUACCUUCUAUGAAGGAGAAUCGUGAAGGCUGAGAGG